AUGGACUCAUUGGAGCAUGAGGCGGUACCUGGCGACGUGUUGACUCAAGUCAGAGCCAGAAUAUCACGCUCUAUCGGUUUCAAGCCAAAUGUUGUCAUCAUCAACGCGGGAACAAAUGAUGCCGUGUAUAGUGUUGACUUAUCCGGUGUUGGCAGUCGUAUGAAUGACAUAUUGAACGAUCUCUGGGCAGGCGAAGACAUGGGCAAUUCCUGCAUGAUAUUAUCUACUUUGAUUCCAACUACAAACACUGCUGGAGAUGCUAACAGACCUGGUAUUAACGACCAAUACCGUGCUCUUGUAACUCAGCGAGCCUCAGAGGGAAAGUGUAUUUAUCUUGCGGAUAUGGACCCGGGAGGCUCCCAGUGGCUCCAGUUUGACACUGACUACCUUGCCACAGAAUCGCCUCAUGUACACCCCAAUGAUUCCGGCCACAAGAAGAUGGCUGCCGUGUUUUAUAAAGCUAUAAAUCAGGCAAUCGCUACUAAUAAGAUCGUCAAAGCUGCCGAUUUUGCGACCGGCGACCCCGUGUGUGACAAAUUUGCCGGUACAGGGGUUGAUGCUGGUGGUCUUACCCAGCGUGGCUCUGGACACGAUGACGGCAUUUAUUAUCACGAUAGUGAGGAAAUGGGCAUCCUGUUCACGGCGGAUAGUGACUGGGACCGAAGCCAGUGGAAGUUUGCUCGGCUCUUUGAUCAAAAUCAUGACGACCUCCUUGCAUGGAUCUCAAAGAGUGAUACCGAACAGGUGUACGCCGUAUGGGCAAAUUCUGCCGAUGGAAAGGGCUCUUUCUCAGCACAAAUGAGCGAUAUGGCACCUGAUCUACUCUGUGAUGCAACAGGCGUUCAUUUCAUUGAUAUGACAGGCGAUGGGCUCGAUGAUCUUGUCUGUAUCGAUGCAAGCGGUAACGCCUACCUUUCGGUGAACCAAGGCGAUGGCAAUCGUGCCGGAGGAAAGUCUCCUACCUUCAAGCGUGUUAGUUCCAGUGCUCUGAUCAAGAGCAAUGAAGGCUAUAAGCGUGAGAGAGUACUCCUAGCAGAUAUUGAUGGAGAUGGCCGGGGAGACUACGGGGUUAUCGACGACUCUGGAAACGUUUACUUUUGGAGAAAUGGCUGGAUCGAUCCUAUUCCCGCCUAUUGGCAGGCAUUGGGCUUGAGGUUCACUGGCAAGAAUAUGGGGGACGUCAGAGGAACACGAUUUGGUGAUAUCAAUGGAGACGGCCGUGAUGACUGGCUCUGGGUCGAUGACGAUGGUAAAACGUACACCUAUACAAACGGCCGAAGUUGCAAGAAGGGUGUCGAAGGCGACGGCUUAAAUGUCGCAUGGAGACAAGGCUUUUAUACAGGAGAGUCUUCGGGCCCUACACAUAAAGGCAUGGCAGCCUACCUCACUGAUGCGGAGACGUACCUCCGGGACCGUAUUCAUUUCGCUCGUAUAUCUGGAACAGCAAGUAUUUUUGGCAACCUACCAACGCUGGACUACGUAUUCAUGCAGCAUACCAAGCUCUCUACUGGCAAGCAUCGCUUUCAAAUGCGCGUCUGGAAGAAUACUGGAGGUGGCGCAAGUAAGCUUCUCGCAGAUGGAAACAAAUACUGCAAUAUGGUAGGCCAUGGCGACGGCCGUAUGGACUACGUGUGGAUGUACUCGUUUGGCACAAUGGAACUCUUUAUCAAUCGUGGUAAGGGCUCGAUCUCGGAUUCUGAUCCUGAUGGCUUCUGGGACUUCUCUCCUGGUGUUAUUUGGACCCCUCCAUCGAAUCUAAACCGUCGCGAUUUACAUUUGGCGGAUUGGGACGGCGAUGGUGCCUGCGAUAUCAUUUACGUCAACCCCGAGGGUGGCACUGUUUCGCAAGUUUGGAUCAACGGAUAUCCAUCAACUGGCAAAUGGACGUGGACACCAAUGUCAAACCCCGCACCGAGUUUGCACUGCUCUGAGAAAAGAGGCCUUGGCCUUUUCGAUUUGGCUGUUGAGUUUGCUGAUAUCACUGGUAAUGGUCGUGCCGACUAUUUAUGCAUGGAGCCGGGCAGUAGGACCACUGGAUUCACCCAUAACAGUGACGGUAGUUGGACAGACGCUGGACAGAUAAAAGUGUCUAUUACUAAGGAUCGAGCCAAUAUGCGCUGGGCCGACGUGAAUGGGGACGGCAAAGCCGAUCUACUGUGGAUUGAAAAGUUCUCAGGAGACGGCUAUGUCUGGUACAAUAACGGACCAGCUGAUCCUGCCGUAACCCUUGGCUCUUCGUUCUCCUGGAGACAACAGGACACAGUAGCCUACGCCGGCAAUGUUGCUGGUAGUUGCGAGUACUUCCCUGAUCUCGACGGCAAUGGCCGUGCAGACGAGCACUUUGUUCUUGGAACAUUCAACAACGAGGCUAGAACCGCCUAUAACCCUUCUUGUGGACUUCAAGAUGUCACAGGAGACGAUGCGAGCAUGGUCAAUGAUCUACCUACAGUGCCUGGAGGCGAUUCAAGCGGAGGUGGAGGUGACGACGGCUCAGGCGAUGGUGACGGAUCAGGAGAUGGCGAUUUGCCAGACUACCCUUCGAGAUUUGGGGGUGGCAAUCCGAACUGUGGCACCACGCAGGACUUCUUUGCUCACACAUACUACGUUGGCAAUGACCAAGGUGGAGACCCUUUCUGUAUGGCGAAGUGGAAAGACGGUAUUUUCCCUAAGCUUAUCGAGGCUCGAGCUACUGAAGGCUCGCUUGCCUACCUGCGCGUCGUCUUCACAGACAACUCCGAAAUGGCAGUGGGCACUGCGGUCUCCGAUGACGGACAUCAUAGAUAUGGGACGCUUGAAUGGCAGCCUUUCGUGGACACCUUCGACAAAUUUUCGUUGUGGGCAGGUGGCUGGAAUGGAGGGGUUGGCCGACUGGUAGCAGGUAUUGCUGGGAAAGAUACGAUCGAUGCUGGUAAAUACUGGGACGACCCACCGACAGAGUACCCAAUUCCACGUGGCUACGAUGGCAAGGGCAUGUUGCUAGGGUUCUACGGCAGCGCUGGUGACAGGAUAGAUUCACUGGAGCCAAUCUUCUCUAGCUACAAACCGAAUCGCGUCUCUUUGACUAACGCGACAUUCAGCCCUAGCUACGAAGCUCUGAAUACGCUGCCUUUCUCGGAGCGCAAGAUGUCGGUCGUCUCAGUCUUUGGUACACACCAAAACGACCUAGAUGACGAAACUGAAGUCGACAUCGAACUCAGAAUACGCAUCUCAAAGCAAACUGCAAUAACUUUUACUCAUGAGGGCGGACAUGAAGACGGCGGAGAAGUUGGAGGAACUGUUGGAGGCGAAGUCUCUUGGAGUGUAGGAGUGCCCGAGUUGGCCGACAUUAAUUGGAAAGCGAAAGGCGAAAUCACUGGGAAAUACGUUAGGAAGGACAUCUACAAGACCAUACGUUCAUCCACAGAUACAGAAGUGGAGCAACUCGAACUUAUCUUCGACGACGAAAAUUCGUACAAGUACGAUGCUUCGGGUGUAUUCGUAAAUGCUAUGGGAAGCCAGAUAGCUUCUCAUUGUGGUUAUGUUGCCUCGGAUGAAGCUGACACCUCCGAUUUCGACGAGGUCAUCACGACAGCUACUUAUUGUCAAGACGGUACAUUCCUAGGCGAGGGACUCGUUACCGAUGACGAUUAUUUCUCGCUUUGCCCCGGAGACUGGCAAAACCUCUAA